AUGUUGUUCAACCUUGCUUCUUCUUUCGUUGCAGCAGCUUCAUUAGUUUCUGUUGUUUCAGCAGCAGAUUUACCAGCCAUUGAAGUCGUUGGAAACAAAUUCUUUUAUUCCAACAACGGCUCACAAUUUUAUAUCAAAGGUAUUGCUUAUCAACAAGAUACUGCAAACAUCACUGGUGGUGAAAGUUUUGUUGAUCCUUUAGCUGAUGCUGAUGCUUGUAAGCGUGAUAUUCCUUACUUAUCAGCUGUUAACACCAAUACUAUCCGUGUUUAUGCCUUGAAUGAAUCACAAGAUCACACCAGUUGUAUGCAACAAUUAGCUAAUGCUGGUAUCUAUGUUAUUGCUGAUUUAUCUGAACCAUCAUUAAGUAUUGAUAGAGAUUCUCCAUCUUGGACCGUUGAGCUUUAUAACCGUUACACCAAAAUUGUUGAUGAAUUCCACAAUUACACCAAUGUUUUAGGUUUCUUUGCAGGUAAUGAAGUUACCAAUGAUAACACAAACACCGAUGCUUCAGCUUUUGUCAAAGCAGCUGUUAGAGACACCAAAGCUUAUAUCAAACAACAAGGUUAUAGAUCAAUCCCAGUUGGUUAUUCUUCAAAUGAUGAUGCUGACACCAGAAUUCAAAUUGCUGAUUAUUUUGCUUGUGGUGAUGAUGAUGAAAGAGCUGAUUUCUAUGGUAUCAACAUGUAUGAAUGGUGUGGUAAUUCAACAUUUGCCAAAUCUGGUUAUGCUGAUAGAACUGCUGAUUUCAAAAACUUAACCAUUCCAAUCUUCUUCUCAGAAUAUGGUUGUAAUGAAGUCAAACCAAGAGAGUUCACUGAAGUUGCAACUUUGUAUGGUAGUGAUAUGACUGAUGUUUGGUCUGGUGGUAUUGUUUAUAUGUAUUUCCAAGAAGCAAAUGACUAUGGUUUAGUUUCAAUUGAUGGUGAUGACGUUAAAACUUUAGAUGAUUAUAACAACUAUAAGAGUGAAAUUUUAAGAGUUAGCCCAACUUCAGCUGCAUCUUCAGCAGCAUCAGCAUCAGCACAUCAAUUAUCAUGUCCAACUGAAGAUAAAAACUGGAAAGCAUCAACUGAUUUACCACCAACUCCUGACGAUGGAUUAUGUUCAUGUAUGGAAAGUUCAUUGAGUUGUGUUGUUGGUGACAGUGUUGAUUCUGAUGAUUAUAGUGAUUUGUUUGGUAUUGUAUGUGGUGAAGUUUCAUGUGAUGGUAUUAACUCUAACGGUACCACUGGUUCAUAUGGUGCUUAUUCAUUCUGUUCAUCAAAACAAAAAUUAUCAUUUGUUUUAGAUUUAUACUAUAAAGCUCAAGGUUCAGCAGCCCGUGCUUGUUCAUUCAGUGGUUCAGCCUCUGUUAAAUCAGCAUCGACUCAAGCAGCUUGUUCAACAGCCUUAGCUGAAGCUGGUGCAUCUGGUUUAGGUACUGUUUCAGCCACUGUUAGUGGUUCAGGUAGAUCAACUGCAACUGGAUCAAAUGGUUCAAGUGGUUCAUCUUCUAGUGCAGGUUCUUCAUCAUCUUCAAGUGGUUCAUCAUCAAGAUCUGGUGCUGCAGGUCCAGUUGUUCCAAGAGGUGAAAAAGUCUUUGCUUCAGUCAUGGCUUUGUUAGUUGUUGGUGGUUUCACUUCAAUCUUGAUCUAA